UCCCUCUCCGCUUUGUUCCCACCUCUUCCAGCAGAGCAAACGCAUGUCUUCCACGAAAACGGGCUGCCACAGAAGGAGCUUGACAGGGAGGAAAGAGGAAGCAGAGCCAGGCGAGCCCACUCCAGCUAGUCGCUCAGGCACUUUUCAGCAGGGGAAGGGAACCUUUUCCCCGGGUGUCUGCUGACUAAGGGAAUGUAUUUAGUUCACACAAACAUGGCUGCUGCCUUCAGAGCUGCAAACCGAGUGUUGUGUCCAUUCACCAAAAGCAGCAGCUGCAGUCAAGUGAGAGUCCAAAUACAAUGGAGAGGUCAGUCAGCAGCAGCAACAGCCACACAAACUAAAAGCACAAAGCCUCAAAUUCAGCCUGAAAAGAGGAAAACUAAAACAGGAAUCUUGAUGUUAAACAUGGGUGGUCCAGAAACUCUGGGAGAUGUCCACGAUUUCCUCCUUAGACUUUUCCUAGACCGGGAUCUGAUGACGCUUCCAGCACAAAAUAAGUUGGCACCCUUUAUUGCCAAACGUCGCACACCAAAAAUCCAAGAACAAUAUAGCAGGAUCGGAGGAGGGUCGCCAAUUAAAAAGUGGACAGCAACGCAGGGAGAAGGCAUGGUGAAACUGCUGGAUGAAAUGUCUCCUCACACUGCGCCUCACAAAUACUAUAUUGGAUUUCGGUAUGUCCAUCCUCUGACAGAAGAAGCAAUUGAAGAGAUGGAGAAAGAUGGAGUGGAAAGGGCUAUUGCAUUCACCCAGUAUCCGCAAUACAGCUGUUCUACCACAGGAAGCAGCCUCAAUGCCAUUUAUCGCUACUAUAAUAAAAAGGGGGAGAAGCCAAAGAUGAAGUGGAGCAUCAUUGACAGGUGGCCCACACAUCCCCUCCUCAUUCAGUGCUUUGCAGAUCACAUACAAAAAGAACUGGAUCUGUUUCCACCUGAAAAAAGGAAAGAUGUUGUCAUUCUUUUCUCAGCUCACUCAUUGCCAAUGUCUGUAGUGAAUCGUGGUGAUCCAUACCCUCAAGAAGUGGGAGCUACCGUCCAAAGAGUCAUGGAGACGCUCAACUUUUCGAACCCCUAUAGGCUUGUGUGGCAAUCCAAGGUUGGCCCAAUGGCUUGGCUGGGUCCACAGACAGAUGAAACUAUUGAAGGACUCUGUAAAAGGGGAAAGAAGAACAUUUUAUUGGUUCCAAUAGCAUUUACCAGUGACCACAUUGAAACACUCUAUGAACUGGAUAUUGAAUAUGCACAAGUUUUAGCAAAUGAGUGUGGAGUUGAAAACAUCAGAAGGGCAGAGUCUCUUAAUGGAAAUCCAUUGUUCUCCAAGGCAUUGGCAGAUUUGGUCUAUUCACAUAUCCAGUCGAAUGAAAUCUGCUCCAAGCAGUUAACCCUCCGCUGUCCACUUUGUGUAAAUCCUGUCUGCAGGGAGGCAAAAUCCUUCUUCACUAAUCAACAGCUGUGACGUGCUGCAUAGAAGAACACAUUUGAUUUGGACAGGGAAAUCUCUUAAUGAUGCAACAAUGCAAACAUCAGAUAUUGCACAUAAAUAGCCAAUCUCUAGCAUUCUGGUACACUCUUCCAGCCCCAGUGGCUUUUGUGGGGUUGCAGUUUUGUAACAGGAAAAUUUGAAGUUUUUUCUUUUUCUUUUUAUUUGAUAGAUGUGGGUGGAAGGGAAAGAAGGAAGGGCCUGAUGCAUUGAGGUGCUGAAAGGUCUCCAUUCCCCUGGGUCUAAUGAACACUUCAUAACACCAGGCCCAAAAAUAAGCACUGAAAAAUCUUUGAUACAAAUUGGCAUCUAAAGCUCUUUGCAGGGAGUUCUUUAUAUGCACUAAUGUCCUGAAUAUAUUAAUUUCAGCCUUCCAGGUAGAGUGUACUAUUUUUUUUUAUGCUACUGGUUCAGUAUUGCUAACACAGUUAUCUGUUCUUACAGAUAUAUUUUCAGAUGUGUUUUGAAUUCUGAUUUUUUUUAAAAGAAUAUGUAUAUUUUUUAAAACAUAGAAGAUUAUUUUGGUUUUCCUGGGCGAAGAAGAUUCUGCAAAAGCCCAGAUAGGCAUUGCCCUAUUGGAACAAUGGCUUUGUAGGAGAUUUGUUUACAUUUUCCUGAAACUUUCUCAUUGUCUGAAGGAAAAUCUCUCUAUGGAGAGCAUGAAGCAAAAUAAAUGACCCAGGACUGAGUUAUAUUUUUGGAGAGCACUCCACUUAAAUAGGUUUUAGAUAUAUUUCAAACCUUGUUACCGUCAAUAGCAAACACUGUAGCUGGUUGAAAAGGUUGGCUUAUCCUUUAAGCCAAAUGCUUUUCUAUUUUUCUAAAGGGCUUUCUCUGUUUGGUAAAGCAAAUUCAGAAAGUUGAACUGGCUUUUCUGAGGGUUUAUAGAUUUGCUCUGUGCUUUCCAAUGCAUUCAGGACAUUGUGGUUUUUGUGGGAUAUCUGUGGAGUUACAUGGGCACCUUCGAUCCAGUUUAAUUCAUGUUGUCAAUUAAAAUGCCAAUGAUAUAUUAGGAGUCUUUACAUUGUGGUUGGUGGGCCAGAUGAGGGGUGCAGGAUCCCUCUCAUCCUAACAAUUGCUGUGGGUAUAAAUUCCCUAACUCAGAAACAGAGUUCUGCUCUAAUACAGUCCUUUGGCUACCUUUAGAGCCUUAUCCCAAGCACCUUGACCCAUCUACAUCUCCUUUGGCUUCAGUGGACAUUUGGAUAUGCCAGGAAUGCAGAGUCCACUCCUUACUACUUAAAUUGUUAAGGUUUCCUAAAAUAAAGCAGAAGCCAUUCAGCAGUGGCACCAGGGUUAGAGAUUAACAUUGUCUUUGAAUGUCUCAGUUGCUGGCUUCUACACAGCCUUUCUUAGUUUUGGCUUGAAGUACAUUCUGAAUGGAAUUAUCAUAGAGUCUGGAGUGUCAGUCCCUUAGUAUAGGAGGCAUUGCCUCCAGGUCCAGAAGAAUCCAUUAAAAGUAUUCUAUGGGAGAGCGCCUUUUUAGGUACUAGUCUAGCUGUCAUCUUCAUGAAUACAAAUGUUUAUCCUCUGUAAUUAGCACUGAACGCUGGAGGCUUUUUGCAAGUUGUAGGCAUUGCUUAAAUUGAUGAAUCAAGUAAUCCAUGAGAUGUGGAAGUCAGGGGCUAUGGUUAUUAGACUGUUUUUCUUGCCCAGGUAAUUGUGAGAUGUACACAGUUGGUGUUCCUCAUCCUCCACAGACAGGGUUGUUUAAGGAUAACAUAUGGCCCUGUUGCCAUAAGACUGUGUUUUGCUCAAUUUUAUGUUGAGUUGCCAUUUUUUAUGCUGGUGACAUAAAUUAGCAUAAUUGUUUAUCAGCCAGUGGGCUAGAGAUAGGGAGAUGGAAAUUAUGCUUCCUGCUCCAGCCAGCCCUUUACCCCCACCCAGGCCUAAUAGUCUCCGUGAGGGAAGGACUAGGUGUUUCCACUGCCACUCCUGUUUCAGCCUCCCAGUGUGUGUAUAAAGGGAAAGGUUACAUUUAAACUUCUCCAGAGGCUUGAUAGGAGGUUGUUGGUGAGAGGCUGAAUCAGUACAUCCUAUAAUGGGCCUGCACUUUUUUGGAAAGGUUCUUACGGUCCCUCCAGGUCUUCAG